AUGCAUGAGCGAUGCGUCCAAAAUUUUCUUUUUUGCUGCAGCGUCACAGGUCAGACCCUCUUUUCGAGAAGAAGCUGUCAGACCCGUUCUUCCACAGUACUCUCUCGCUUCCCAUCACCACCCUACACAGACAUUUGCAUGAUGGGACGAAGAUCGAAGAACAAGCAGGCCGCACCUCAGCCAUUGCGCGAGGACCACUCGCUCGACAAGGUCAACAAGGGCAAACGCAAAGCACAGGAAUCCAGCGUCCCCGCCAAGAAGCCAAAAAUCGCCGCGACAUCAACGACAAGUAAGGCUCGCACAUCAGCACCGACAUCUAGUGCAGCAGCAGCGGUGGCUAGGUCCAGUAAGGCUUCAGGGUCCAAGUUGAAUGCCAAUGGAAAGGGCAAGCCCCGCGUGGUGCAGGUCGAGGAGGCAAGCGACGAUGAUGAGGAGGAUGAGGACGAUUUCGACGAGGAAGAGCUAGUUGGCGAGGACGGUGAAGAAGAGGAGAGCGCUGAUGAAGACGACGAUGAGGCCAUUGACGAGGAGGAUGUAGAGGAAGAGGAAGAGGACGACCCAUUGGAAGCACUCGGUCUGCCAAAGAAUGGCAAGCUUACAGACAGGCAACGCAAGAAGGCACUGGCAGAAGCAGAACGUCUCGAAGAGCUGCUCAAGAGUCAGGGUCUUUCUCUCGAUUCCGAUGACGACGUGGGAGACGACGACGACGAAGUCGAUCUUGAAGGCUCGGAUGAAGAGCUCGAGGAAGGCUCAGAGCAAGAGGAGCUCGGCGAUGAGUUUGACCUUGGCGACGAGGAUCUCGAAGCAGAAGAAGGAGACGAGGUCGAGCUCGAUGAUGAGGAUGAGGAAGAAGAUGAUGACGACGAGGACGAGGACGACGAAGAAGCAGGAGGAGCCGAGUUCAUGCUGCCCACAUUGGAAGAGCGCGAAGCCGAAAAGAUGCGUGGCGCCGAUCUCCAACUCGUCCACAUGCGCAUCCAGGAGGUCGUCACCGUGCUCUCCAACUUCAAAAAGCUCGCCGUCGACGGCCGAUCUCGCUCCGAGUACAUCGAGCAGCUCCUCGCCGACAUUUGCACCUACUACGGCUACAACACCUUCCUCGCCGAGAAGCUGUUCGAGCUCUUCACCCCCGCCGAGGCCAUCGAGUUUUUUGAGGCUAACGAGACUCCCCGACCCGUCACCAUCCGAGCCAACACGCUGCGCACAAGGCGCAGAGACCUGGCACAAGCCCUCAUCAACCGCGGUGUCAACCUCGAACCCAUCGGAGCGUGGAGCAAAGUGGGCCUUCAGGUCUUCGAGUCGAGCGUGCCCAUCGGUGCGACACCAGAGUACCUCGCUGGGCACUACAUGCUUCAAGCCGCCUCGAGUUUCCUCCCCUGCAUCGCCCUCGCACCGCAACCAAACGAGCGCGUCCUGGACAUGGCUUCGGCACCCGGUGGCAAGUCCACCUACCUCUCGGCGCUCAUGCAAAAUACGGGUACCGUGUUCGCCAACGACUCGAACAAGAACCGCAUCAAGUCGCUCGUCGCCAACAUCCACCGUUUGGGCUGCAAGAACGUCGUCGUCUGCAACUACGACGGUCGCCAGUUCCCCAAGGUCAUCGGCGGGUUCGAUCGUGUGCUGCUCGACUCGCCUUGCUCCGGUACGGGUGUGAUCCACAAGGAUCAGUCGGUCAAAGUCAACAAGUCGGAACGCGAUUUCGCCCUUUUGACGCAUUUGCAGAAGCAACUGCUGCUGUGUGCCAUCGAUUCUGUCAACCCGCGAUCCAGCACCGGCGGCUACGUCGUUUAUUCGACCUGUUCCGUCAUGGUGGAAGAGAACGAGGAGGUGGUGCAGUAUGCGUUGCGCAAGAGGAGCAACGUCAAGAUCGUCGACACGGGCAUCCAAUUCGGCAGAGACGGAUUCAAGAGCUUCGGGAGGAGCAAGUUUGAUGAGAGGAUGGUGUAUGCAAGGCGAAUCUUCCCACACGUGCAUAAUCUGGACGGCUUCUUUGUUUGCAAGUUGAAGGUCAACCCGCCUUCCACCAACAACGGUGGCGCUGGGAAGAGUCAGAAGGACGAAUCGAGCUCGGCGGGUAUCGUCAAUGAUGAGGAGGAUGACGAGGAGGCGCAGGAGCAAGACGGAGGUCUGGUGUUGUUGGAUAACCCCGAAGAUCAGAAGCUCAUGCAGAAGUCGCUCAAGAAGGCACAGGCCAAAGGCAAAGGCCGUCGUUGA